UCUGCCAUAACGAUUUGGGACAGCCACUGUACCAAACUGAUAAGUUCUGGUAAAGUCGAAAUUAAAGUGUUGCACCGACAGAGCUGGACACCGAACCGUCAGCAUGUCGGACCUGGAGGCGCAAGUUUGCGCCAUUUUGAACAUCAUGGUGACCGAUACUGUGUCUGAAAUGUCGAAAAUCAUCAGCGGUUUCGAGAAAACUGGAACCGAAGUGACUCUAUCACCGGUUGGAACCGAAAACACACAAGAAUCCCCGAACGAGAAGCUGAUGCAGUUCAGCACCUUCAUGACGGUCUUGGCUCAGGAAGUGUUGGUGAAGAUCUGCCAGCUGUUCAGCGAGUGUUCGUCUGCGCUGCGGCUGGAAGGGGCAGCUGAGACGGAGGACCUGAUGGGGGUGGAGACAGAGCUGGUGCUGGGGGGCAGCGGAGGAGUCCAGGCGGAGGUGGAGGUUCUGACAGAUGAGACGAGCGUCCUGAUGGACGGAGAAGCAGCCCAGAGUAACGAUUCUUCAGAGAGGAUGAGCUGCAGAGCUGUGGCUUCUGUUGAUUCUGGAGUGAAGUCCUCACCUAUAAUUCAGCUGUGGAGAGGCAGACUUUAUCAGGACAGCCCGCAGCUCUUUUUAAUAAAAGAAGAGAAUCUAGGGAUCAUCCAGGCCUCUUCAGGUCCUGAUCAGUUUCAGGAUGACUCCAACCAGGAUGAUGAUGAUGAUGAUGGUGGUGAUGAUGGUGAUGAUGAUGAUUACCCAGAUAACCAGGAAGAACCAGAAUCUCCGGCUGAUGGUGACCCAGUUCACACCACUGAAUCCACACUCCUCCCAAAGACCAGGCUGUUUGUCAUAACUAAAAAAAGGAGUCAGGUCCAGAGGGAGAAAACUCUGAGCUGCCAACACUGCAGUAAGAUGUUCAGCACCAUGCACCAUCUCAAAACUCACCAGGUCGUUCACGAGCCCAGAAUCUUCGUCUGCUCUCAGUGUGGCAAGACGUUCCCCUUGAAGAAGCGCCUCAAAGAUCACAUGUUGCUUCACUCAGAUGAAAGGCCACACGUCUGUGAUGUCUGUGGGAAAAGUUUCACCCUGAAGAAUCUCCUGAGAACCCACCGGCGCCUCCACGACAACCUGCGUCCGUUUCAGUGCGAUCAGUGCGGUAAAACUUUUAACAUGAGGAACUGCCUGAAGCGGCACCAGAGGGUCCACACCGGGGAGCGUCUGUACAGCUGCUCGUACUGCAACAAACGCUUCACCUUAGCAGGUAACCUGCGGCGCCACCUGCGCAUACACACGGGGGAGAAGCCUUACAUAUGUGAGAUUUGUGGGAAAAGCUUCAACCAGAGGGACACUCUGAAGAGCCACCAGCGGAGACACACCGGCGAGCGCCCCUUCAGCUGCGAAACCUGCGGCAAAUCUUUCGUUCAGAGUACUGACCUGAAGUCGCAUCGGAGGCUUGUUCACUCGGAGCAGAAGCUGCCGUGUGACGUGUGCGGCGCCGUGACCACUUGUAUUAUACCUCCUCAACAAGACCCCCAGAGUCACCCCGAGACCGUUCCCUGCGUGGGCUGCGGCCAGCAGCUCAGCGUCGUCCGCAGACUGAGCGAGGACAAGCAGCAGGGCGCUGUGGACGAGCGGCACGGCUGCAGCGUCUGCGGCAAGAGCUUCAAGUCGUCCAGCUACGUGAAGAUCCACAUGAGGGUGCACAGCGGAGAGAGGUUCUCCUGCGAAACCUGCGGAAACACGUUCACACAGCAAUGCAGCCUGAAGGCACAUCAGGUGAUCCAUACCGGAGAGAAACCGUUCAGCUGCAGCACUUGCGGAAAACAUUUUACCCACUAUGCCAACCUGAGCAGACACCGGCUGAUCCACACGGGAGAGAAGCCGUACAGCUGCAACACGUGCGGCCGCAGCUUCAACCAGAGCUGCAGCCUGAAGGCCCACCAACAGACCCACACUGGCACAAAACCAUACACAUGUGACAAAUGUGGGAAGAGCUUUGCCUACCCGAGGAGCCUGAAGGAGCACAAGUACAGAGCUGGACACCGAACCGUCAGCAUGUCGGACCUGGAGGCGCAAGUUUGCGCCAUUUUGGACGUCAUGGUGACCGAAACUGUGUCUGAAAUGACGAAAAUCAUCGGCGGUUCCGAGAAAAAUGGAACCGAAGUGACUCUACCACCGUGUGGAACCGAAAACGCACAAGAAUCCCCGAACGACAAGCUGAUGCAGUUCAGCUCCUUCAUGACGGUCUUGGCUCAGGAAGUGUUGGUGAAGAUCUGCCAGCUGUUCAGCGAGUGUUCAUCUGCGCCGCGGCUGGAAGGGGCAGCUGAGACCGGCAGAGAAGAAGCAGCUCAGAGGACAGAUUCUUCAGAAGAGAAAAGUUGCAGAGCUGUGGCUUCUGUUGGUUGUGGAGUGAAGCCCUCAUCUUCAAUUCACCUGUGGAAAGGCAGAAUUUGUCAGGACAGCCCUCAGCUUGUUGUAAUAAAAGAAGAGCAUGUGGAGGUCAUCCAGGUCUCUUCUGGUCCUGAUCAGUUUCAGGAUGAUGAUGAUCCAGAUUACCAGAUUAAUCUGCUAGUGAGGCAAAAUGAAACAAUUAAGGGUUCUGGUUUCUGUCAGGAGGAACCAGAACCUCCAGCUGACGGCGACCCACUCCACACCACCAGAUCCAAACGCCUCCCGAAGACCAGGCUGUGUGUCGUAGCUAAAACAAGGAGUCGGGUCCAGAAGGAGAAAACUCUGAGCUGCAAACGUUGCAGGAAGUCGUUCAGCACGAUGAAGCAACUGAAAGCUCACCAGGUCGUCCACGAGGCCAAAACCUUUGUCUGCUCUCAGUGUGGCAAGAAGUUCUCCUUACAGCGGAGCCUCAAGAAUCACAUGUUGCUUCACUCAGGUGAAAGGCCACACGUCUGUGAUGUCUGUGGGAAAAGUUUCACCCUGAAACAACUCCUGACAACCCACCGGCGCCUCCACGACAACCUGCGUCCAUUUCAGUGCGAUCAGUGCGGUAAAACUUUUCACAUGAGGAACUGCCUGAAGCGGCACCAGAGGGUCCACACCGGGGAGCGUCUGUACAGCUGCUCGUACUGCAACAAACGCUUCACCUUGGCAGGUAACCUGCAGCGACACCUGCGCAUACACACGGGGGAAAAACCGUACAAAUGUGACACCUGUGGAAAAAGCUUCAACCAGAUGGACACUCUGAAGAGCCACCAGCGGGUACACACCGGCGAGCGCCCCUUCAGCUGUGAGAUCUGCAACAAAUCCUUCACGAAUAAGGGAUCCAAGAACCUGCACAGGAAGGUCUGUCACUCGGAGCAGGAGCUGCCCUGCGUCGUGUGCGGCGCCUCGUUGACGUGCACCUUGUCGUUACACCAGCACCUCCAGACGCACGCCCAGACCAUUCCCUGCACGUGCAUGAGCUGCAGCCGGCAGCUGUGCUCCGUCGCCGAACUGCGCGAGCACCAGCAGCAGCACGCUGUGGACCGACCGCACAGCUGCAACAUCUGCGGGAAAAGCUUCAAGUCAUCCAGCUACCUGAAGGUCCACCUGAGGAUGCACAACGGAGAGAAACCAUAUUCCUGCAAGAUCUGUGGUCGCAUGUUCUCGCAGCAAAGCAGCCUCAAGACACAUCAGACCAUUCAUUCUGGACAGAAACCAUUCAGCUGCAGCACCUGUGGAAAAUGUUUUAGCAACUCCGGCAACAUGGGCAGACACCAGCGGAUUCACACCGGAGAGAAACCGUACACCUGCGACACGUGCGGCCGCAGCUUCAACCAGAGCAACAGCCUGAAGGCCCACCAACAGACCCACACUGGAGAAAAGCCCUUCAUGUGUGACAAAUGUGGGAAGAGCUUCUCCUACCUGAGGAACUUGAAGGAGCACAAGUGUGUCUACAUUUGAGAUGUCGCAUAAGUUUUAAAAACGUGACUUUUUUUUAUUUGUUUUUUAUCAAAGCAGACUCAUUGCUGAGUCUCUAACUCAUCUCGAGAACACUACAGGUGUAUUUUAACACCUAGACAGGAGGCUACAGGUAUGAAAUCCACACUGAUUAUCAAUAAUAAUAUUUUACAAAUUGAAAAUAUUCUUGUCUUCAUUUUAAAAGUGUAGUCCAGUAUUCAUAGCAGGGCUCGCUGGUCUCUUGACCCCAAACACUCAGAAUUAAUGCAUUUUCUGAAAAUAACAACUACUUUCCAACAGUUGCAGCUGGAUCCUCCAGCAGUCUGGGUGCGUAGCUACUAAAAAACAAACCUUUAAAAGUUCUAGUUCUGCUAACUAAAAGAGGUCCUGAAUGGUCCCGGUUCAUAAACCAAAACCAUCUCUCUGACAGUCUGCUGCUUUGCCUUAAAAACCAGUGAAAUAAUUAAAAUCCAUCCUAAAAUCACCAGGCAGCCGUUGUAAAGACUGAUAUGAGCUAAAACUUUUA